AUGAGCAAGGCCAAAACCAGCAGGGAGAAGAGGAGUUCCCAGGCCUCUCUCAGCAGGGUAACACGGAGCUCCCUCACUCAGGGAAACCCUCGAGAGCCGGGGCUCGGCGUGGCCCAGCGGAACAGGCCGUCUGACUCGGGCCUGGCGAGUGAGCUCAGCCAUAUGAGCGUGAAUGAGCAGGCUGCCACACUAGCACGGAAAUGGAGGCCCUCUAAAGUGGGCAGUAAUGCAGUGCUGGACUUUUCAUCAAGUAUUAGGCCCCAUCAGUCGUCUUCUUCUGGUUCUAUGACAAAACCCCAACCCACGCCACGGGGCGGCCUGGGUCCCAUUGCACGAAUGGUCAAGCUUGGACGUUUGCAGAAUAUUGUUGUGGUGGCAGGAGCUGGGAUCAGCACAGCCAGUGGUAUCCCUGACUUCAGGACUCCAGGAACAGGCUUGUACGCAAACCUCAAAAAAUAUGACCUUCCCUACCCAGAGGCCAUUUUUAACAUUGACUACUUCUCCAAUGACCCUCGACCUUUCUUCUCAUUGGCCAAGGAGCUCUACCCAGGCCGUCAUCGGCCAAACUACGUCCACUACUUUAUCCGUAUGCUACACCAGAAAGGCCUGCUGCUCCGCAUGUACACCCAGAACAUCGAUGGCCUGGAGAAAAUGUGCGGCAUUCCUGAAGACAAGCUUGUGGAGGCUCAUGGAAGUUUUGCGACAGCUUCCUGUCACCUGUGCUACACUCCAUUUCCUGCAGAAGAGGCCAAAAGGCUGAUAAUGACCGAUAACAUCCCCAAAUGUUCAUUUUGUGAGGCCACGGUGAAACCAGACGUUGUGUUUUUUGGUGAAGAUUUACCACAGAGCUAUUUCCAACAUACAAAAGACUUUCCAGAAGCUGACCUCCUCAUGAUCAUGGGAACAUCUCUACAGAUUGAACCCUUUGCAAGCCUGGUGAACACGGUGAAGUCCAGCGUGCCGCGGCUGCUGCUGAACCGGAACGCGGUGGGUCCGUUUGAGCGAAAGCCUCUGAGGAGGGGCGACUACAUGGAGCUGGGUGACCUGGUGGAUUCGGUCAGGAAGUUUGCCGAAAUCCUCGGAUGGCACUCGGAGAUUGAAGACCUAAUGACCAGCCAAGAGAAUAGGGAAAUCGGCCAACUCAUGCACUGCCUUCAUUCUGGAAAUGGCCUCCAGAUGAACCAGCCACUGCUGAACAGCGCAGGCAGGAGAGGGGCAGCUCAGCAAUGGGACAAACGACCCCCCAAGUCCAGGCCAGGAGCUCCAGGUCCCAGCGACAGCGGCGGUGAGGAGAGCGACUCCUCAGAAACCGACAGCAAGAGUACAGAGUCCUCCGGCCCGAGUAACUAA